CAAAAUAUUUACAGUUGUCGGGUUGUACCGUACCCAAUGAUUUGGAGUAAUCGCUCGCUGAUUUAGUGACGUAUCAGUCAUGGCUGGGAUUGAACAUUUAUUUAUUACUGUUACUUUGGUUUAUUUAAUGUGUGGAAUUGGACAGUGUCUUGACAUUCAGAGUAUGUCCAACAGACUGGAUGAAAUGUUGACGGGAAUCAGCGAACCAUCUUCCAGGGAAUCAGAAUGGACUGACGAAAUUCAGAGAGUGUAUGAUUUCGGAAAUGGAGAUGGCCAUCGAGAAGAAUUGUUGGUGACUAACAUCACCAACUCAGUCCAUAAAGAUUUAUUCAUCGAAGCGAAUAACUACAAAUUUUUUACGAAAAAUGGGAUAUUUUACCUGGCGACGUCAACACCUUUGAUGUUCGCCCUGAAUAUUGUGGACAAGACCUUCAACGAGAUGAGGCCACACUGGAUAAUUCCUCCUGGGAGAAUCCGAACUUUUGAAGUGCUCACCUCCCCCAAUGCCACAGCUCCCCACGAGUCGCAAAUUAUUGUUGUGCUCUCCGUCGAAGAGCCUUACGGGAAUCAACUGCUGUGGUACAUUCUGUCCGACGAUCACUUCCAGGAAUUUUGGUCCUGGCCGAUUCAGGACCGGGUGGGACGUCUCCUUCACUUCCGGUACAAAAAUCAGGACAGGCUGAUUACCAUGACACAAAGUCCUUCCUCGAGGAGUAAUUAUUCUCAUAUUUACGUCUGGGGAUUCAGAAUCAAUGGAAAUCUGUCAAAUUUCUGGUUGAGCCAGCGACUGCCAGGUUCUGAUGCUCUGGACGUGAGGGAGUGUCCAGCGUACAAUGGAGUGAUGAUAGCUCUGCAAAUGGAAGACAAAGUCUCUCUCUACGGCUACACCAAGGAGAAUUCCAAGGAGAGCUACUUCCAAUCCCUGCCAAGUGUCAAGUCCAUCGGCUUGAAGAACUUCGCUUGCUUCCAGAGUGGACACAUUCUGUACUUGGGUAUGUCAGGUCCAAAUGCAGCGAUCCUCGAUUUUUUUGAAGGAGAAUUCGGGUUCCACCAGGCUCUCAGUGAAGUACUGAGUGAAGAGAUCACUUGGAUGGAGGCAAUCCCGGUGGAUACCUACAGAGACGAGGUCCUCGUCCUCGUCCAGAUGAAGAAUCAAACGAUCGCCGGCCUCGUCUGGCAGGACAACACCUUCAGAAGUGCUCCUCUUCCUCCCUUUGAUACCACAGACCUCCGCCUCUCCGAAAUCACAGUCAUCCCAAAAAUAGGAUUCAUUUACAAAAACAGAAUCGUAAGAAUUCAAACUGAAUUCAAACAGCUGGUGCCACCCGUCUACGAGGAAGUGGAGAAACUGUUCCAGAGGAGGGAGGCGCUAUCAGAAAUUAUGAGAAAGCAGAAUCUCAUUAUCAACUGCACAAAGUCCCGAAUAAAGAGCAGCUAUCUAACGACUUCCACCAUCACCGGGCACUGGGAGAUUAAUCACCUGAAGUCGAGGCGAACGAUAAUCGGGGAAGGAGUAAAACCUGAGAAGAUAUCCCUAGGUGGAAAAAUCCUCACACAACGUGACUUCGAGGUGAACCUGAUAGAAGCCCUAUCCACUCUCCAAGAGCUACAACGGAAACUAGACGUCAUCCACGGGAACAUGAAGAAGGCAAUCCCCAAGAACUCCACGAGAUUCGAUUUCCCCGGAUCUCUCCACAUCCUGGGGGAUCUGACGGUCAAUGAUCUUUCAGUCGAAAACCCAGUAUUUGAGAGAGUGAAUAAUCACUCGAUCGCGUCGCUGUUCACAGAUCUGUUCGCCUACGACAGCAACGUCCUCAUCAAGGGCCAGAAGACCUUCCCCUCCAUCAACGUCACGGCGUUGACAGUGAACUCUAUCAACGGCAUUCCUCUGGAGGACAUCGUCUUCGAUAAGAACCUUCUCCAAUACCACGACGUCGAUCUUUAUAAUUUGAAGAAGUUAGUCGUUAAUGGAAACAUGAAUUUCUCCUUCAUCAACAACUACAACUGGUUGUCACUGAUCGACAAUGUUGUAUUAAAAAGCGAAUCCGUGAGGAUUCCCAAUAAUACGACUGUCAAGGGUAUCCUGACAGCCAAAUAUGUAGAUAUGAAUCGGUUGAACGGUCUCAAAUACCGAGAAGACUACGUAUCGAGGACCAGUACGGACGCUGUUAAUGUCCCAUCGAAGAAAACAUUCAAGACCUUGACCACCAGGAGUCUUAACAAUCUUCUGACGAUCAACGGGAUACCAGUGGAGGAGUUCAUUCUGUUGCACAAUAACCAGAAUCUCGAUAUGAUCACCUUCGAGAGUCUAGCGAUUAUCGGAAUUCUUCAGAUCGAUGGGAACAUAACGGGUGGUCCUGUCAUCCCGGAGUUGUCGGGUCUCAGCAACGAGACCAGGUCAAUCAUGUCCCCUGUCACCUUCCGGAGGCUCAAAGUCGAGAGGAAGGUGCAGGUCAAUCAGGCCCUGAACAACAAGACUUGGGAGACGUUCAACGAUCUCGUAAACAAUAAUGAAGCUGUCGUUGAGAUUAGGGGGAAGAAGAUUUUUAAGGGACCGGUGGUCAUUAAACCAAAGAUCAAUAUUACCCGGGGAAUAAUCAAUGGUCAUCUUCUUCGUGAGUUCAUGACACUGGACACUGCCCAGGAACUUCCUAAUCUGAAGAAGAUUGAAGCGAACGUGACGUUUGGAAAAUUGAUCCGAGGAGAUUUCGCACGGUUGGACGCGAUUUUCUCGGAGUGUCUGGAGAAAGUCUUAACGUUCAAGGUUCCUCCAGUCGUGGAGCAGCUGGUGUUCGAUACUCUGAAUGGAAACGUCUCGAGGGAGGAUUUCAUGGCGCGUCUGAAUGAGACGUCGAUGAUUUGCGACAGAGUGAUUGUUCAGGAGUUGCAUACCCCUAGGCUGUCGACGAUGAAUGUCAAUGGAGUCAGUCUUGAGGACUUUACAUCUCGAUUGAUUUCGAAGACGAAGAGUCAGGAACUAUCUGGCAAUUUUGACAUCGGUAAUUUGAACACGGGAACUCUACGAGCUACGGCUCUGGAUGGGAAAUCAGUGGUCGAUCUUGAAAGUGAGAGAAGAAUUUUGGAUGAUUUGUACAACAGCAUUGUCAAUGGCAGCGUUUCUAUUAAUGAUUUGGAGGUCACUGAGAUCAUCACCACCCCCAGAGUCAAUGGCUAUGAGUUGGUGGGGAUUUACCACGCAGAAGAUAUGGGCAAAGUCGUAUUCCAUAACAACGUCACCAUCACAGAGUUGUGGGUGGAGGGUCUAUUCAAUGGGUGGAACUUCUCGGAGGUCGUCGAUGAUGCAGUUUUGAAGACAGACAGGAGCAUCUCCGUUCGGGGUUUGAAGAAAGCUCAGUCGAUUAUCUGCGAGAUGCUGGAUGUCGCCUCCUGGAAUAAUCACCCAGUCACGAACUUUCUCAAUCCUGAUGUGCACCAGGUGCUGACUGGUCCCGUCGUCGUCAAAGGAACGACGACUGUCUUAAAGAGUUUCGAUGGCAACAAGAAAAUUGGAAAUGUUACGCUCAACGAGAUUAAAAAAAGAAUACACUCUGUGGCGGACAGGAAAUUUCUUCUCAAUGGAAACUUCAGGUUCCCAGGAACUGUUGACAUUCGGAACCUUCUCAUCAACGGGUCCAUCCAGGGUGUAGAUUUUAACGCACUUGAGGAGUCUCUUGUAUUUUUAAACAACGAGAAUAUUUCGAUAUCAGGUCCUUUGCUCCUGAAGAAUUCUGUGAAACUCGGAAACCUGACGAUUACUCAUCGACUCAAUGACAAUAAUCUUCAGGACUUUUACAAGAACGUCGUCCUCUUGGGGGGCCCGAUAAACGGGAGAUUGAUAACUUCGGGGGAUGUGAUGGUCCGGGGUGAUCUCCUGGUGACGGGGAGGAUCGAUGUGAAAAAUAUGAUGGACAUCGACGUGAACCAAUUGAGGGAAAAUGCUGUCUAUCUUAACCAGCCAGCCUUCACCCCCGGAGAGACGGUCUUCAAGGACGUGGUCUUCAACUCUAUCAAGGCUGAACGAAUUAAUGAUCUCCUCAUGACAGAUCUCUUUCCACAUCACAAGGACAGAGUGAUCCCCAGCCUCCACUGUAUAAACAUCUCUGCAGACGUCAUAAGGAUCGAGGGAACCCUCAACAAUGAGACCCUCAAGAAGAUGUACGACGAGAGCUUUCAGCUGUCAGGUCCCCAGAACAUCACCGGCUAUUUCAGCUUCCUGGAGAACGUCAACAUCCGUCGAGACUUGGACGUCGUCUCCAUAAACGGAAUAAAUCCUCUGAACUUCGAAACUCUUGACGACAAUGGCUCGAUCAGUGAUUUAAUCUUCCAGGAGGACGUGGUCCUCAAUGGCAGCCUGAGAGUCCUGGGGCUCUACAACGGGAUCGACCCCCUGACCUGGCAAGCAACGGCCAUCACCACAACGUUCCCCAUGACUCAGACUGUAUCAGGGGUGUGGACGAUCGACGGUAAUGUUCACCUGAAAGGACCUGUUCGAGGAUCUGCCACUCUCAAUGGAAUCAACAUCGCAAACCUGGUGAAACAUCUACGGGAGCGAGACCUCCAGGUUGACGUUAAAAUCAAUGAUACCCAGAAGGUGCUCCAGGGUCUCUGCGAGAGACUCAGGACCCUGAAGCAUCUCGCGGAUAAACAGAUCUAUCGAUACAAGUUCUUUGAUUACUCCCAGGUGUUCAAGUUCCCGAGCCGAAUCAUCAGUGUCCACUCGGGGUCUGAUCCCUCCGAUUAUUUAUUCGUCAGUCUGGAGGAUGGUGCCCUUGUCGGGUUUGUAUUCGACGGAGAGGAGUUCACGGGAGGACCUGUAAUCGAGGGCUUCGGGGUAGUUGAGGAGUGGAUCAGUCUGGAGUACCAGGAGCUGAGGUACUUCGUCACGAUGGGAAUUAAGACUGAGGGCAAAUCCCAGGGGAAUCUUUGGAGAUUGACCGACAAGGAGAUGGUGCACGUGAAGGAACUGGGAAACCUCGAGGGAGGAAAAAAGGUGAAUGAUCAGGAGUUCUUGGUGAUCGUAAAGGACCAGCUGAUUCACUACUCCCUACAAGAUAUCCAAGGGAUUACCUUGAACCCCAAGAGGACAUUCUCCCUGGGAAGGCGAGGGAUGAGGUUCGUCAGGGGUGCUGAGAGCAAUGAAGUGAUUCUCCUCGGGGAAGACGCAGCUGUUCUGCUGGAUUUAGCCUCUGGUGAAGUAAACACCAGGGAGAAUCCUUUUGGAACUGAUAAUGUCUUCAGGUUUCGAGUUGGCCCUUUUCAGAGGGAGAGAUUUGUUUAUUACGAUGAGGCCGCGGCUCAGGAUUUUAUUUUUAUAGCAGAUUAUGAGGAAUCGGGUUUGAAAAUUCUUCAGAGCAUCGAGGCUAGACCGUCUGGGAUCAGGAGUAUGAGGUUCCAGGGCGGGGAGGAAUUUUUACUGUGGAUUGAGGGUUGCAGAAUUAAUGUUUAUGAAUAUAAAGGGAUUGAGGGGUUUGUCUUUGUCGAGGCACUGCACGUUGGGGCCGAGAAACUCGUGGAGUUCAGGAUUAAGAGGCAUCCCCUGUUUGCUGGGGUUAAUUGUUUAGGGGCCGUUCAGGGGAAUAUUCUGACAAUCCUCGAGGCCAAAAUGGAUGGACUCAGGAUUGAGGGGAAUAUUCCUGAAUGUGAUUAUUGACGUAAGUUAAGGUUCGUUACCCAUUUGUUGAUUGAUAUGUUAAUUGGAUUGUCAUUGGAAUAAAAGAUUUUUCUAU